AUGAUCGGAUCAUUUUGGAAUUUGUGUAGAGCGUGCCCUUCAAUGCCUGUAGAUAAGCUCCAUUCGGAAUAUAGAAGCACCUACCGAUGGCACGAGUACACUGGAGGUCCCGAAGUCGUCCGUAAACCACCAGUGCCAAAUCAAUUCGCCAGCUCUAAGGUGGAUCACUUCUUUUCCAAAUCAACGGAGGAUGAUAAAUUUAUUGAAGCUUCGAUCAACGAACCGCCUUUGCCGAGAAGGAAAAAAUGCCCGGAACUGGCAUACCGGUCACAUGAGUUCAUGUCGAGCCGGGCCAAUGAGCCGCCGGCGUCUGCGCUACAUGGUGGUGGCCAGGAUAGGCCGGAUGCCGCUACGACUCACUCACGUGCAAGGUCUGAAGAACGUGGAACCCCUUCCCGUCGCAGUAAAUCGGAAGGACCGCCAGGUGUCGCUAACGGACGGCUUCCGACCGGAACCGGAAUCGCUAACGGAACGCAUGAGCCGGUCUCGGUCGAGAGCAAGGCACAGGAACAGGCGGGUGAGUCUAGUGGCCUAUUCAAAAAAACUAUUAGCAAACUGAGCACAGAGUACCGCCUGCAGUUCGUGUGGCCACACGUGCGCAGAGCGCUAAAGGUGGCCCCGGAUGGCGUGGAUUCAGUAAUCGAGCUUCCGCGAAAGUCCCUCUCGAUGGGUGCGAUCAAGGCAGCACAGGCCGCUGCCACUGCUGCAGGCCAGACCGUGCCGACCGUGCAUAAAAAACGAACCACGAACGAGCGAGAAGCGAACGCUCACGAACUGGAACCGUUGGUGAACGAUGUCGAGGUUUCGAAGUCGCAUCAUGAAAAACGUGACAUCGGCACUAUUGUGGAGCAUAAGCUUAAAGCAUAUAAAUCGGAAAAGGAAAAGUUUGGUUUUGAACCGGAAUUGGAUGGCGGAACUGGAACUCGUGGCGAUGCAGCAAUGGAUUGUACUUGGUACAAAGAAGUACUUGAGUUGCGAAAGAAAGCGGGCGAAUACAGGAAUCGCGGCUGGGGUGUAGAAAUGAACCCUGAGCUCUUUUCUAAGCAACAGGAGCUAUGGGAACAGGUGUCCAGGAGAAGCUCAUUGAGCGCUUUGUCAUUGGCCUCCAGUGUUAGACCAAUAACAAAAGAAGAGAAAGAAAAGGAAAACACCAAGAAAAGUUCACCUACCAAGCCGCAUACUCGCGGUAGAAUUCCCGGCAGCGCACGGCCGGUCGAAAUUAAUAGAAACCUUCCGGAUGGAUUAGCAUUGUCACGUAGCCGAAAAGAUAACAUUCGGCACCAUUUGGAACGUACAACCGGUCCAGAUGUAGAAGAAGGAGCUCUGCUACCAUCUCCCACGCGUGAAAAACUCAUGCCGACAAUUCCACGAUCGAAAGGAGAUAGUCCCCAGCGAGGAAGUCCUCAAAAAACAGCAUUAUCUCGACAUGGAAGCCCCCAGAAGGGAAGCCCCCAAAAAAGUAGCCCAAAGAAAAUGUCCAACAAAGGACGAUCUCAAUCAGUUGGACCCACCGUGGCUGCUGAAACAACCGCUGGUGGUAUCGGAGGAGGUUCACCCAAGCGACAGGUUCGAGUUGGAAGCACUGCCACUGCCUCAACAGCUGCAUCGGCGGCUAAAGCGCACAACAAAAAAACGCCCACCACAGCAACCACGCCAUCCCAACCGGAACGUCGGCCAAGACCAACAACCCUAUCCACCACAAAUCAUUCCCGUUCCAAGAGUAGCACUCUGCCGCAUGCUGGCACGACAAGAGUGUAUUCCGCUCCUCUCAGUAAAUCCAUGAUGACUAACAACAACAUGACCAACAACAUCAAUAACAUUAACAACAACAAUAUAACUAAUACCAUCAACAGCAGCAACAACAACCACCCAUCCACUCAAACACGUCCGUCAACAUUACCUAGCAAACCCGACCUGAGUAACAAUAAUUCCAUUCCCAACAACCAAACCAUCGCAUCUUCCAUAACUACAGCCUCCUCGCAUCCUUCACGCGCUAAGCUCACACUCGGUACAAAGAUUGGCUCGCAGAAUCGGCCCAGAACGGCCAGUAGUGGCAAAGCGGCAGUCGUCGAUUCGUUGAAAAAAGAACCAGCGCGCAAAUCCGCAAACAGCAAAACGCAAAACGAAUUUGGAACCAAAGCUGCGGGAAACGAAGAUGACGCAGAAAAGGAUGGCGUUUUGUCGGCAACCAGCGCUAGUCCGCUACCGGCCCCGGAAAUUACGGAACAGAUCAUAAAGUCGCCUCCCGAGCCAACAAGGGUUAAAUCACCGGAGCAGAUCAUAAUGCGUUCUCCGGAUCCGGUGAACUGGACUGUUCCACUGGACACGGGAAAAACAUUCACUGUCACCCAGAAUGUGAGAGAAGGUGAGUGUGACACAGGUGAUCCCAUAAUUCGACCACACAGCGAGAUAAAGGCUUCUACUCCGGUGGAUUAUCCUCCACCUGCACCACAAUCAGCACCGCCAGAGCUUGCAGAACAAUCCAAAUUGCCCAGCAGCAAACUAGAACCCAACUCCAUAAAGGAGUCCGAAGAUGAGGACGACGAAUUAUUGAAAUCAAAAUCAUCGGUCACGUCUUCGGUGAUUCCAACCUCGGUUGGUAUACCCGUCGAGCUUAACCCGACACCAGUUGCCACUACGACUUCCCAGGUAGCUCCUCCCCAAGUAGCACAAAGCACAUCGGAUGUUCGUUUCGAUAAGCCGGUUCCUGGGUCGACUUUACGGUGCCUGGACGAUCCGGCUUACGAGUCGGACAUCAAUUCACCGGUAGGCAACCGGAAUGUUUCAUCGGAAGUUUUGGAUAAAGCACGCGACAGAUUCGAUCGUUUCUGGGGCAAUCCGGAGGGAAACAAGCCAGAGGAAACCUAA